UAAUAUCUAUUACUCAUCAAUUUAUCGCUCAGGCAUCGGCCGGUUUGAGUGUCAGUGUGAAUUCAGCUCUCGUACUGCUAGCACUCCCUUUCAAGGCUUCAAGAUUCUGGAAACUCGUCCUGAAUCUGCCUAAAUAUUCGUGUCAUUUAAUAUCAUAGGAAAUUCGGCCUAUACAUUUAUUCGUGUACAUAAAUUGCAUUUUCGUUUUACGUGAAAAGUUACUCACGUUUCAUAUUAAUUAGUAAAAAGUGAAUGCCAGAACGCAAGUUUAGUUUUUUGUUUCUAUUCAUAUUCAAAUCUUAGUGUUAAAUAUCCGGACAGUAAAUUCCAUCUUAGAACCAGGAAACAGCAAGGAACCAACUUUAAUAGUCGCACUUUCGGUUUGCAUAAUUUCACCUAUCUUUUCCUCUCAUCUAUCCUAUUCAACUGUCCACCUUUUACCUCAAAUAGAAGUAGGCAAACAUUUCGAUUCAAGACAUAUUGGAUUUGGGAUUUGAUACAUGAGAAUUGCAAGGAACGCAUAAGUCAAACAGUAUUCAAUAAUUUUGUCAACUUCAUAGAUUUCAUAUUAUUCAGAAAUGCAGUUGAGUUGUUAUCGAACAAGAGGUUCAUGGAAACAAUUGUGACGAAUCUACAAUUCUUUGUUGAAUCUGAUAUAACUCAAUACAGACUAGUCAGUAUUGUCGUAGGAACACGAAUUAUGAGCGCUGCCCUCCUGAUAGAUACAAACCGGAAAGAGGAGUUGAAUUCUUUGAAAAAGUCUAUCAAAGAAUUGGCAAGAAACAGAGACUUAUUCGAUGAAGUCAUAUCUAAAGGAGGUGAAUUAGCAAAACAAAUUGCAGAAAGAAAAAUGAAAAUGUUCCAGAGAGUGAAAACCUUGCAGAAGUAUAAUUGUUACAAAAUUAUCUUCCUCAAUUUGUUUUCAUCUCUGUUCGAAAACGCAUUACGGUAUGAAUAGUUCAUGUUGCACUUGAAACGUUUAUUAAUUUCCCUGAUUCCUUACGAUAUAUGAAUUGUUGCUUUAA